UUCUACUAUGAGAGCAUAUCUAUUGAAGGGUCUUCCGCUCCAGUUUCAACAAUAGUUUCAUAUCUGUUUUCUUGGGGAGAGGAGGAGAUUUCUGAGAGAGAAAAACGAGAAAAGGAACUUGGUGGCUAUGGUUCUGGGGAGGUAGAUAAUGGCAUUCAAGUUAUUUACUAUACUGCUACAUUUGUAUUGGGGAAAAUGUGGUAUUUAUUUUCCUAUUUUUAGGUCAAAAUAGUUUAUUUAGUUGUAGAAAUCCGAAAACCCCUAAAGGAGAUCAAGGACUUGUACCAGGCUUCUGCCAACCAUUUGUUUCAUGAGAAGCACUAAUGGUGAAAAAAAAUUCAAUGUUAAACAGUGUGUUGAAAGCGUUUUUCAAUUGAAUGCAAGUCAUUCCAAGCUAGCAAGCAAGAAGAAGCACCACCAUAUGGAGUUCCCAGAGUGUAGAGAUCAUUCAGAUGGGCCACCAAUCAUCACAGAAAGCACCGGGAUUGGGCAUGGUCCUCUUAGAGCAGUAUCAAAAGAGGAAGUUAUCCUUGAUUUUCCCAAGAGAAGAACUAUGUUGAGUGGAGAUGUGGACUUUAUAGUUGAAUCAAUCAAAGCCCCUUGUCGAAACAGAGAAUAUGGUUGCAAUGAAACUGUGGAUUGCAUGACCAGUAAUAACCAUGAAGUGACUUGCAUGUAUUCUCCAUGUCCCUGUCCACUUCAGGAAUGUAACUAUGUUGGGUCAUUUGAACAGUUGGCAUUGCAUUUCAGCAGUAACCACUGGGAUUCUGGAAGACGAUUCAAAUAUAAUUAUCCAUUGGCUAUCUCUUUACAAAUGGAUGAACAAUUUCUUAUUCUCCAGGCAGAAGAAGAUGGGGUUCUCUUUCUCCUCAACAAGGGCACAUAAACUAAUGGGAAUAGAGUGAUGAUAACCUGUAUUGGUCCAACCUCAUCAAAAGAGAGGUUUGUUUGUGAGAUUGUUUCAUGUAGGAAAAAAGUUCUCUCAGAUUGAAGUCUGUUGCUGAGAAUUUUCUUCCCCCCGCUAGAUUUUAUUCUGAUUCCUUUCAGUUUUCUUGUUUCUUCGGGGGAGCUCAAUAUACAUAUUUGUAUGGAAUUCUAUCAGGCACACUGUAGAUAGCUCUUGAUUUAAGACCUAGAUUGUAGAUAAUUUUUUUAAUGAUAAUGAUGUCAAUGUUAUGUUUUUUUCUCAA